GUUUGCGUGAUGAGAAAUAUCGAAAGCGUGGCACGAUUAGGGUUCGGAGAAGCAGCGGAGGAAUCGAUUUGAUAUCCUUGAUAUUGAUUUUUGGAGCUUGGAGAUGUUGGAUUGAUAUCUGGGGAGCUUGUUUUGCUGCUGAUUUCUCAGCUGUGUGGUGUUUGUCGUGUCUUUGUCCUUGGAUCGAUGGUUUAGGCAUUGGCAUAUUUUAGUAUGGAAGACAAGAUUCUUGCUGGUGAUUAAAUUUAUGCACUUACUAAUACCUCAAUUGUGGUUCAUAACCUUAUAGGAUAUGAAGUUGUGCUGCUUUGGUGCCUUGACGGCAAGGAAAGAUAAUGUUUCUCAGCCUCGACAAGACAUAUGUGGUGUUUUAUCUCUCAAGAAUAUUAAGUUUUUCUCCUACAAUGAGCUAAGAUCAGCGACAGAUGGUUUCCAUCCAAGACAUAAGUUAGGACGUGGUGGUUUUGGUACAGUCUACAAGGGAACUCUUAGGAAUGGAACAGUAAUUGCAGCAAAGGUUCUUUCUGCAGAGUCAAAGCAAGGCCUCAAAGAGUUUCUGACUGAGAUCGAUAUCAUUACAAGAGUCAAACAUCCAAACCUUGUUGAGCUACUUGGCUAUUGUGUUCAAGAAAACGAUCAGAUUUUAGUCUAUGAAUACGUUGAAAACAAUAGUCUUGAUUAUGCCUUAUUAGGUCGCAGAAGCAAAACAGCUGAUCUGAAUUGGGGAGUGAGGUCUGCAAUUUGUCUAGGGGCUGCCAGGGGUCUCAUGUUUCUUCACGAGGAACUUGAUCCGCCCAUUGUCCAUAGAGAUAUCAAAGCUAGUAAUAUUCUUCUUGACAGAAAUUUCAUGCCAAAAAUCGGAGAUUUUGGUUUGGCAAAGCUUUUCCCAGAUAAUGUCACUCACAUUAGCACCCGUGUAGCUGGAACAACUGGUUAUUUAGCACCUGAGUAUGCAAUUCAUGGCCAAUUAACAAAGAAAGCUGACAUAUAUAGCUUUGGAGUUCUAAUAAUAGAAAUUGUCAGUGGCAGAAGUAUCUCAAAGGUACACUGGUCAGAAAUGGAGAAAUUUCUUUUGGAACAGACUUGGCAACUUUUUGAGGAAGGAAGACUGAAAGAACUGGUGGAUCCUAACCUCAAAGAAUUUCCGGAAGAUGAAGUCCUUAGAUACAUUAAGGUGGCCCUCUUUUGCAUCCAAGCAGCAGCUAAUCGAAGGCCGUCUAUGCUCCAGGUUGUGGAAAUGUUGUCUAAGCCGAUUCUGCUCAAUGAAGAAGCAUUGGCACCUCCGGGUUUUAUCAAAGACUCAGUUUAUUCUGGCAAAGGUUCAAAAGCAAUGCUUUCAAGCAAUUUCCAUAUUAAAAGGAUAUCAUCCGUUAAUAACAGUGUUCCAUUCGAAUCUGCUCCUGUUACCUGCUCUGAACUGCUGCCCAGGUGAUUUACUCCAUUGUAGAAGAAUCAAUAAAAUCCUAGAAAGAUGGUGAGUAAGCUUAAAUUUAUGAAUGUUUUGAAUGUCAACAGGGGAAAAUCCUCUUUUGUUGUAUAAAUAUGGCAUUUAUUAGGGUUUUUGUUCUUACACCGUGAUGCUUUUUUAUUGUCAUUAUUUAAUGACAUAUAUAGGGUACAAUUGCUUGUAGCAAUUUCCGGAGAUAAUUCUGUAAAUCUGUAAGACAUAUACUUGUACCAAUUAAUUUUCUAUAAAUACAGGUGAUCAAUCACCAGUCAUCUGUUUGCCA